AUGCUAUUGACACCAGCUGAAACUGCUGAAACGAAAAUUCAAGCGCCGUCUGCCACGACAGCUAAGUCGAAAUCCCUACCCGCAGAACUCAAUGUAGCCGUGCCGGUCACUUGUGUGGAUAUGCAGGGUACCGCGGAUGCUGCGAUAAAGGACCAGGUGGUGAUCACGAACACGGAGGUCAAACCUAGGAGCCGACCUCUUAUCGUGUCUUCGACAAUUUCAUUGAACGACAUGGAUUUGGCCAAGAGUCGUGCGAGCUGUUACGGCAGUUACGCUCAAGUCGACUGA